CCGCCCAUGGCCGAGGUGCUGGAGCCGGACCCCGCGACAGCCGAGCGCGCGGCGGCCCAAGCCGUGGAGACGCCGGGCUGGACGGCCCCGAAGGACGUGGGCCCCCAGCCCGGAAGUUACGAGAUCCGGCACUAUGGACCCGCCAAGUGGGUCAGCACUUCCGUUGAGUCCAUGGACUGGGAUUCAGCCAUCCAGACUGGUUUUACAAAGCUGAACGGCUACAUUCAAGGCAAAAAUGAGAAAGAAAUGAAGAUAAAGAUGACAGCUCCGGUGACAAGCUAUGUGGAGCCCGGUUCAGGUCCUUUUAGCGAGUCUAUCAUUACCAUUUCCCUGUACAUCCCCUCUGAGCAGCAAUCCGAUCCGCCCUGGCCUUCAGAGUCAGAUGUCUUCAUUGAAGACAGAGCUGAAAUGACUGUGUUUGUACGGGCUUUCGAUGGAUUCUCUAGUGCUCAAAAAAAUCAAGAACAACUUUUGACAUUAGCAAGUACUUUGAGGGAAGAAGGAAAAGUUUUCAAUGAGAAGGUUUACUACACGGCAGGCUACAACAGUCCUUUCAAGUUGCUUGAUAGAAAUAACGAAGUAUGGUUGAUUCAGAAAAAUGAACCAUCCAAAGAAAACGAAUGAGGAAAAAACCCCAGGAAGUUCCAUUUCUUACUGUAGACAUCAGCACUGCAUACCCGUAAAUGUAGAGUAGUCGCUCUACUUGAGAGAACAACGAUGAAUUGAGCUUAUUUCCAAGGUGCCUUUUAAUGUUUGAAGCUUUAUCUAGAUACACAGGGAACAGGGGACAGUAUUCUAGAAACAUGUGAAUCAGUCACAGCUCUGGAGGAGUUUACUUCUGUGAGGCUCCCAGGAAGUGUCCUGUUACUUGACCCUUCUUCACAUCAUGUUGCCUUUUUCAACUUGGAUUUGUGUCCUUUGGAUGUUAUCCCCUCCAGAUAUUAUCAAUAAAAAUGUUAAAGAGGUAUUCUGUGUGGCACGGCUGUGAAGCCUCAUGAGGUGAAGUUCAAUUGAAAGCAAAAAUCAGAUUCUUGGAGUGCCUGGGUG